AGCCUACGAGGCUACGCCUAGAUUGCACUCAAAUACCCGGACAAACAUGCUUGAGCUUGUGCGCUAAUUGUCGCAUCGUAAUGGUCAGCUUGCCUCUGCUCCUGACGUUCAUUUGCGUAUUCAGUCUGGUGACCUUUCUUGUGCUCUUUGGCCAUGUACCGGCUCUCAAACAGACGCCCAUUGGGCAAGCAAAAACGUUGCUGACCAUCAAGCUGCCGUCUCUUUUGGACAAGCUUGACGCUCGUCUGAUACAAGGGCGUCUCAGACCAGUCUUGCAGCGUUCUUAUCAAAGAGUUGCACAUGAACGACACCCCAUUGUGCUCUGGUUUUACUUGAUAUUGUACUGCGGCUGUGUGUGCAUAUAUUUGCUUAGAGCAGCGCCUUUACUCUCCACGAAGCAUCGCAUGUGCUUGCCAAUACUCAUCGCUGCUCCUUUAUGGAGCCUAUUCAAAGCUGCUUCAACCGAUCCAGGCAUCAUUACUGCGGAAAACCACGCAUAUUACAUGCAGCGGUACAAGUAUGACCAAGUGCUCUACCGAACAGGCCAAGAUUGCCGAACAUGCAGACGAUCUAAAGUAGCCCGAAGCAAGCAUUGUCCUCUAUGCAACAAGUGUGUCGCCAAGCACGAUCAUCACUGUGUCUGGAUCAAUGGAUGCGUCGGGGAGCAAAACAUGCGCUUCUUUCUUGUGUUCCUCAUCUCCAACAUCAUCACUUUUUCCUAUGCCUUCAUUGUUCUUGUCCAGAUUCUGCUUGCAAAGCGUGAGGUGGCAAAGGCUUCACUCUCUGUGCUCGCCACACUUCGAUUGGACCCGGCAUUGGGCUCCUUGGCUCUAUUUUCCGGCAUUUGCAAUCUGCUCGUCUUUGUUUUCCUCUUCUAUCAUCUUUACCUUGUGUGGUCUGGGGUGACAACGAACGAGACGCUCAAGUUUGAAGAUGUGCGCAACGCCCUACACGAUGGCGAGAUUGCACUGGUUGUGCGAGAGCGACAGGCAAUGCUCGUUAAGAGGGAGGUUGUGAGGAAGAAUGAAGAAAUCACAUUGAGGCAGCUCAACAACGUGUAUGAUGCAGGAUGGCUUGCCAAUCUUUCGUCCGUCUUGCAGCCCAAUGCAGGUUGAUGCUCGCUAUAUGGACUUGUGUCUGGAGUCGUAUGCUGACUCUGCCAAGUACUAGUGCGAAGUGCCCGAAGCAAACAAGCGCUUCAAGCCAUGGCUGUCUUUGUCAAAUUGACAUGCUCGACACUGAUUCGACGGCUGCAGACCUUCUUGGGGAGGCAGUGACAUCUCGGCUCGCUCGUUGCUCGAUGCUCAGCAGCUCAAGAGUCAAGAGACUCAAGACUCUCAUCGCAACAUGCGGGAGGCAGAGGCGCGAGUCAGACUGCAUGCACAGGAGCCUGCAGCUUGAGCUUACCGCCGUUACCGGCCUUCAGGUUGUGAGCUGCCAUUUGUGGGAACGAGCG